UUAAAGCUUCCCUAUCAAUUAACAUUUUCCAGUAAUAAAUCAUGACAGAAAAGUUCAUCUAUUCGAUAUUCUCUCCAUCUUGUUAUACCAAAAAACAAACCAGGUGCGCGGUCAUCAACCUGCAUUGAUCGGUGAUAAAGACCUGAAGAAGACUUCCGUGGUGUGGUCUGUCACCCUUAAAAGAAACCAGUGAUGCAUAAGAAGGAAGAGAACUUUGAUCAGAAAAAAUUAGAUUUGGAAGUAUGGCUGCAGAAGAUGGAAUCGAGAUUAGCUGGCAUGGCUCCGGUAGGGCAUACUGCAGACGUGCUGGAGGUGCAGCUGAGAGAACAGAAGAGUUUACAUGCCGAAUUACACCAGUUCAAGUCACAAAUCGAGUCUUUCCAGCAAUUAACGCAGAAACUAAUCACUGCCCAUCAACAUGAAGAUACCAGUAGAUAUAAGAAGGCGGCCGAAUACAUCAACCAACACUACCUCCGUUUAGACGCUUGCAUUGUCAACCGUGGUAAACUGCUCCAUUCCGCCCUGAGCUCCCUCCAAAAUCUAGACAGAUCUCUAGAUAAAUUCUUAGCGUGGCUCAGCGAGGCGGAAAGCGUAGUGGAGACUUUGGAAGGGGAUAAUGAAUCGAGGCGAGCAGCUCAUCAACUUAAAGAACUCCAAUCGGAUAUCGAUAGACAAGCACCAACACAUCACGCGCUUAGAAAUUCCAGUUUGGCGCUAUUAGGGUCGUUAGCUGCCGAAGAUGCUCUGAUGCUGCAGCUGAGAGGUGACGAGAUGGAGAGGCGAUGGCAGGCUCUUCGUACGAGAACUUCCGAUUUACGUAAUCGCUUGGAACACAACGCUGAUUAUUGGAACGCGUUGCUUCUAUCUUUGCGGGAACUUACCGAGUGGGUUAUCAGGAAAGAUACGGAACUCGGUUUGGCGGCUAGACAAGACGAUCAUAGAGCUUUCAGGCAACAAUUAGAAGAUAAACGACCUCUGGUAGAAAGCAGUUUACGCAGCGCUAGACAGUUCGUAGCGGGGGAUCCUUCAGGAGAACUGGCUAGGAAUUUGAGGAGGGAAUUAGUGAAAUUGUCCGAUAAAUGGAACGGUUUAAUCGAUAAAAGCGAUCAAUUGGCUAAAAGAUUCGAACAAAACUCAAUUAAACUCAAACAGUUGACGAUGAAUUUGGAGGAAUCUUGUUCGGCGGUUUCUCGUUUGGAAAGGGCUACAUUGAGUUGGAGCGGUCCUCGUAGCGCUGCGGAGGCUCGGGAGCUUUUGUCCGGUCUCCGUACGCUGGAACAGCAAGUUCCUUCGUUGCAAAGGACUUUGGAGGAAGCUAGGAUUCAAGCUGCUAGUAUUGGUAACACCUUACCGAAUAAUUUAGCCGCGCAAUUGGAGGAUUGCACCGCAAGGUGUAGAGCUCUACAAGCGGCCAUUAGAGAAAGAAGGGACCAACUUACCGGCAGUACUCAAGGCGAAAUAUCCCCGGGCCCUUCGAGCGUCCAACCGCCAUGGGAACGCGCCACCACCCCGAACAAAGUCCCAUAUUACAUAAACCAUAGCACGGAAACCACCCAUUGGGACCAUCCGCACAUGCUCGAUUUAGCCGUUGGCCUUUUGCAACUGAACGAAGUCAGAUUCAGCGCUUAUCGUACGGCCUCGAAAUUGCGCGCAAUACAAAAAAAAUUGCGUCUCGAUCUCGUCACGAUAAGCGCGGCAUCCGAAGCGUUCGACCUGCACGGCCUGCGAGCGCAGAACGACAAAAUUCUAGACGUCGCCGACAUGGUUUUGGUGCUGAGGGCGAUAUUCGGCAACGUCGCGCCGGACGACGGCGUCCCCCAAAUCGACGCGCCCCUGUCGGUGGACCUCGCCUUGAAUUGGCUGCUGAACGUGUACGACAGCCAACGCACCGGCCAGAUAAGGGUGCUGAGCUUCAAAGUGGGGCUCACUCUCUUGUCCAGAGGCCACCUGGAGGACAAAUACCGAUAUUUGUUCCGACUGAUAGCGGAUCCGCAGCAGAAGGCCGACCAAAGGAAAUUGGGACUGUUGCUGCACGAUAUCCUGCAGGUGCCGCGCCAGCUCGGCGAGGUCGCGGCCUUCGGCGGCUCCAACAUCGAGCCGAGCGUCAGGAGCUGCUUGGGCGACAGGGAGGAGCUGGAGGCGGCGCAUUUUUUGGCCUGGUUGAAACAAGAACCGCAGUCUCUGGUGUGGUUGCCGGUGCUGCACCGAUUGGCGGCGGCGGAGAGCGCCAAACACCAAGCGAAAUGCAAUUGUUGCAAACAAUAUCCGAUAGUCGGACUGAGGUAUCGGUGUUUGAAGUGUUUCAACUUCGAUAUGUGUCAGGGGUGUUUCUUUUCCGGUCGGCUGACUAAAGGGCACAAAUUGAAUCAUCCGAUGCACGAAUAUUGCGCGGCCACAACGUCCGUCGAAGACGUCAGAGAUUUUACGAAAGCUUUGAAGAACAAAUUUAAGAGCAAAAGGUAUUUUGCUAAGCAUCCGAGAGUGGGGUAUCUGCCGGUUAGAUCGGUUUUGGAGGGUGACGAAUUGGAGAGUCCGGUCGCUUCGCCGCAACACAACGAUAUGCAUUCCAGGUUAGAAAUAUACGCUAGCCGUUUAGCGGAAGUGGAGCUCCGAGCCGCGUCGCCGGAAGACGAACACCGCCUAAUAGCCGACUACUGUCACUCGCUAGAUGGCGGUCCGGCCAGUCCCGGUCAACUGAUGCUCGUUAUAGACGAGGAACAACGAGCCGAACUCCAAGAAAUGAUCCGGGAAUUGGAAGUGGAAAAUCAAGCGCUUCUCCAAGAAUACGAUCAACUGCAACGCGGCAGCAACCCCGUACCGCAACCGCAACCCCAGCACGACGUUUUAGCCGAGGCGAGGCUGCUCAGACAGCACAAGGGACGAUUGGAGGCGCGGAUGCAGAUACUGGAAGAUCACAAUAGACAAUUGGAGGCGCAGUUGCAACGUUUGAGGCAACUUUUGGACGAACCGGGGCCUAAUUCGACUUUGCAGACUCGUAGCGUUACGGCGUCGCAAUUGAAUCAAGAUACUCCGGCUAGGAUGAAUCAACCGCCGCCGCCGACUGACCACCGUUGAUGAUAUAUGCGAUUUUUAGGUUAGAUCGACGAUUUUUUUGACUGAUUGUUGUCGAGUGUUUCGCCAUUUUUGAUUAUUCGGGUAAAAAUUAAUUUUUUUUUAUGAUAAUUUGCGUUUUCAAAAAUAUUUUUUUAUGAAAAUUUUUUUUUCCGAUCUAUUUUCUAGUAUUUACGAAUGUUAAAUAUUUAAUUUUGUAUUUCUAAUCAUUUUUUUUUUCUAUAGGCAAAACGAGUUUCUAAUUUAAAUACUUCUUAUAUAAUAUGUUGAAUUAGUAUUUCUAACGACUAAAAAAAAAUCUGGCAACAAUGUGUUUCCAUUAUAUUGUUGUGAGUAUGACUAAGCUUUUGAUAGUUCUGUUAUAGUCCAGGACUAAAACGUUUAAAAAUGGUAAGAAAUGAAAAAAAAAACUAAUAGUAGGGUGAAACUUAUUGGAAAAGGAAGAGAAUAUAGCGAAAAUGGAAGGGAAAAUGAUUUUUGGGUGAUCUGUGGUUGAAUAGUGGAAGGAGGAGGGUUUUUAAGGGUGAAAAAACGGUUUAUCUCGUUUUGUGGUAAAACUAAGAGUCUAAUGAAAAAAAGUUUAAUAGAAAAGUUGUAGGUAAUGAAGAGAUCUACAACUUUUGUAUUCACACUUUUUUCGUAUAACCUCAAAAUUUAAGUGAAAACUUCAAAUAACCACAUUUUUUUUUAAAAAUUAUUCUUUUUCACGAAAUUUUAUGAAAACUUACCUUUCUACGUACUUAAUACUCCAUAAUUUUUUAUUUCAAAUGUUAAAUAUACAAUUUUGUAUUUCUAAUAAUUUUUUUUUUCUAUUAGCAAAACGAGUUUCUAAUUUAAAUACUUCUUAUUUGUUGAAUUAGUAUGAUUUCUAACGACUAAAAAAAAAAUCUGGCAACAAUGUGUUUCGAUUAUAUUGUUGUGAGUAUGGCUAAACUUUCGUUAAUUAGGUUAUAGUCCAGGACUAAAACGUUUAAAAAUGAUAAAAAACGAAAAAAAAAAAUAAUGUGAAAAUUAUUGGCAAAGGAAGAGAAUAUAGCAAAAAUGGAAGGGAAAAUGAUUUACGGGUGAUCUGUGGUUGAAUAGUGGAAGGGGGAGGGUUUUUAAGGGUGAAAAAACGGUUUAUCUCGUUUUGUGGUAAAACUAUGAGUCGUAUGAAAAAAAGUUUAAUAGAAAAGUUGUAGGUAAUGAAGAGAUCUACAACUUUUGUAUUUACACUUAUUUCAUAUAACCUCAAAAUUUAAGUGAAAACUUCAAAUAACCACAUUUUUUUGGGAAAACUAUUCUUUUUCACGAAAUUUUAUGAAAACUUACCUUUCUACGUACUUAAUACUCCAUAAUUUUUUUAUUUAAAAUGUUGAAUAUUUAAUUUUGUAUUUCUAAUCAUUUUUUUCCAGAAGCAAAACGAAUUUCUAAUAUAAACACUUCUUAUAUAAUAUAUUGAAUUAGUAUUUCUAACGACUAAAAAAAAAAUCUGGCAACAAUGUGUUUCGAUUGUAUUGUUGUGAGUAUGACUAAGCUUUCGUUAGUUCUGUUAUAGUCCAGGACUAAAACGUUUAAAAAUGAUAAAAAACGAAAAAAAAAUAAUAAUAAAGUGAAACUUAUUGGGAAAGGAAGAGAAUGUAGCAAAAAUGGAAGGGAAAAUGAUUUACGGGUGAUCUGUGGUUGAAUAGUGGAAGGAGGAGGGUUUUUAAGGGUGAAAAAACGGUUUAUCUCGUUUUGUGGUAAAACUAAGAGUCGAAUGAAAAAAAGUUUAAUAGAAAAGUUGUAGGUAAUGAAAAUAUCUACAACUUUUGUAUCUACACUUUUUUCAUAUAACCUCAAAAUUUAAGUGAAAACUUCAAAUAACCACAUUUUUUUGGGAAAACUAUUCUUUUUCACGAAAUUUUAUGAAAACUUACCUUUCUACGUACUUAAUACUCCAUAAUUUUUUUAUUUAAAAUGUUGAAUAUUUAAUUUUGUAUUUCUAAUCAUUUUUUUCCAGAAGCAAAACGAAUUUCUAAUAUAAACACUUCUUAUAUAAUAUAUUGAAUUAGUAUUUCUAACGACUAAAAAAAAAAUCUGGCAACAAUGUGUUUCGAUUGUAUUGUUGUGAGUAUGACUAAGCUUUCGUUAGUUCUGUUAUAGUCCAGGACUAAAACGUUUAAAAAUGGUAAAAAACGAAAAAAAAAUAAUAGUAAAGUGAAACUUAUUGGGAAAGGAAGAGAAUGUAGCAAAAAUGGAAGGGAAAAUGAUUUACGGGUGAUCUGUGGUUGAAUAGUGGAAGGGAGCGGGUUUUUAAGGGUGAAAAAACGGUUUAUCUCGUUUUGUGGUAAAACUAAGAGUCGAAUGAAAAAAAGUUUAAUAGAAAAGUUGUAGGUAAUGAAAAUAUCUACAACUUUUGUAUCUACACUUUUUUCAUAUAACCUCAAAAUUUAAGUGAAAACUUCAAAUAACCACAUUUUUUUGGAAAAACUAUUCUUUUUCACGAAAUUUUAUGAAAACUUACCUUUCUACGUACUUAAUACUCCAUAAUUUUUUUAUUUAAAAUGUUGAAUAUUUAAUUUUGUAUUUCUAAUCAUUUUUUUCCAGAAGCAAAACGAAUUUCUAAUAUAAACACUUCUUAUAUAAUAUAUUGAAUUAGUAUUUCUAACGACUAAAAAAAAAAUCUGGCAACAAUGUGUUUCGAUUGUAUUGUUGUGAGUAUGACUAAGCUUUCGUUAGUUCUGUUAUAGUCCAGGACUAAAACGUUUAAAAAUGGUAAAAAACGAAAAAAAAAUAAUAGUAAAGUGAAACUUAUUGGGAAAGGAAGAGAAUGUAGCAAAAAUGGAAGGGAAAAUGAUUUACGGGUGAUCUGUGGUUGAAUAGUGGAAGGGAGCGGGUUUUUAAGGGUGAAAAAACGGUUUAUCUCGUUUUGUGGUAAAACUAAGAGUCGAAUGAAAAAAAGUUUAAUAGAAAAGUUGUAGGUAAUGAAAAUAUCUACAACUUUUGUAUCUACACUUUUUUCAUAUAACCUCAAAAUUUAAGUGAAAACUUCAAAUAACCACAUUUUUUUGGAAAAACUAUUCUUUUUCACGAAAUUUUAUGAAAACUUACCUUUCUACGUACUUAAUACUCCAUAAUUUUUUUAUUUAAAAUGUUGAAUAUUUAAUUUUGUAUUUCUAAUCAUUUUUUUCCAGAAGCAAAACGAAUUUCUAAUAUAAAUACUUCUUAUAUAAUAUGUUGAAUUGUAUGAUUUCUAACGACUAAAAAAAAAUCUGGCAACAAUGUGUUUCGAUUAUAUUGUUGUGAGUAUGACUAAGCUUUCGUUAGUUAUGUUAUAGUCCAGGACUAAAACGUUUAAAAAUGAUAAAAAACGAAAAAAAAAUAAUAAUAAAGUGAAACUUAUUGGGAAAGGAAGAGAAUGUAGCAAAAAUGGAAGGGAAAAUGAUUUACGGGUGAUCUGUGGUUGAAUAGUGGAAGGGGGCGGGUUUUUAAGGGUGAAAAAACGGUUUAUCUCGUUUUGUGGUAAAACUAUGAGUCGUAUGAAAAAAAGUUUAAUAGAAAAGUUGUAGGUAAUGAAGAGAUCUACAACUUUUGUAUUUACACUUUUUUCAUAUAACCUCAAAAUUUAAGUGAAAACUUCAAAAAACCAUAUUUAUUUUUUUACGAAAUUUUGUAAAAACUUAACUUUUUAUGUCCCAAAUACACAUACAAUAUGUAAUAUCUCAUGGUUUUUCCUAUACUUUAGCUAUAAAAGUAUAUUUUCAACUAUUAUGUCCAAAAAUCCAGAUAUUUGAAAAACAAAAAAUUUAUUAUCCACAACAUUUUUCCUAGGACUUGAAAAUAUCAAUUUUUAUGCCCAAAAAUAUAAAAGGAAUUAACAAAAAAAACUUUAUUAGGGUUGAUUAAACAAGGAAUGUUAAGCGAGUCACACACGCUACGGUUAACCGUAAAUCCGGCACUACACGAUGCGUCCAACGUACGGCGAAACAUUACAAGGAAAACUGGAUGCAGUUUUACCCGUUUUAAGCAUUGAUUGACAUGCGCACUACGACCACACGACGCAAUCGCAUCGUGCGGUACCGGCUUAACGUGUACGACAACCAUUAGUUAUUAGAAAUCGAUUAAAUGGCGCCUCCCGUGUUAAAUUAAAUUGUUGUAAAUAAAAUUUCUCGACAAUCAAGUCAAAAAGUAGAUCAGUCGCUUAGUUUACAUCCUUCCAACGAAUCCGGAAUUCCAUUUAGAUUUAUAAGUAUAACGCCAAUCGUUUAUUUUGCACAAAAUAUACAAAAUUACAAGGCUGAUGAUCCCAAAGUAUUCAACUCCCUUUAUUCUAUCACGUCGAUGCAUUAUUUUUCGUACAAACCCGUAUAUGUGAUAAUUUAAACGCAGAACGUACGUUCAGGAUAAAUUAUUAAAACGAGGGUCGUACCAAAAGUGAGGCUUCCAAACUAACACCACCUACCCACCGUUCCGUAAACUUUUAGUACAACCCCCGUAAGUGAAUAAGUGAAUCGCAUGUAUAAAUUAAUUUUUGACAGUAUUUUAUCGCUUUGGGGGUGAGUAAAAAAAUCCUGAACAUAUUUUUUGCUAAUAAAAUAAUAAAUCGAAGCCGCAAGAUACUAUAACCGAUGUCUAAUUAUUGUAAGGUAGAAAAUUAACACUCGGGCUGUCAAUUUUUGUCAUUAAGACGUUUUUUUGAACACACUAUUUUUUUUUAGUACACUAACACUCACAGUUACACUGUACGAAUGUGAUUCAGGGUGUCUAGCGGUAUUGGGGAUACUCGCUAUUCACAGUUUAUCCAUUAAUCUCACUCCGUGUAUAAAAUCCUGGAGUUCCAUAAUAUCAACCCCUUUAGAUUGUUCCAAUAGUUAGUUUUUCCCUUCUUUUUCCAUCAAAGUCUCUAUUAUCCUGCUCUAUAUUCCUACAAAGGGUUUCUCCUUCACUUUGUCUCCAGUAUGUCCCAAAGGGUGACUUUUUGUUUGUCCAAACUUUAAUGGUGUUUGAUUCUUCGUCAUUAGACUCCUAUUCCACUUCUGUCUGGUGUUUUGGAGUCCUUCGGAUACCAUUUAAUGGCGUUUUUAGCAUGGUGUUUCAAUUCCAGCUUAGUUAUCCUGAGAAAGGUAUCGGGAGAUCCCUUUCUGAACUUUCUCUGAUAGGUUUUCACCACCACGCUUUCCAAUAAUAUACGGAGAAGUGGUGGAUACUUCUAGUGCAUAUUUUCUCUCGGUCCUGGUUGUGCAUUUGUAAAUCAGUCUUAGUUUCUUCGAGAAUCGAUUCUUAUGGUGUUUGACUUCCCCAUAAGUUCCAGGAUUGGGACGUGAAGUUGUGUUUGGUCUCUAAAAACGUUAAUUUGAUUAUUAAAACGAGUAUCAUCGGGGUAAUUGUGAGUUUUGGUGUGAAUAUCACAAACAGUUCAGUAAACUCCAAUUUAAAUAAGAUGCUUGUAAGAUAAUUGUAACCAUAUCAUUAUACACAUCAUAUUUGUUACGUUUAGUAGAUAGUAAAACCUUAGAUAUUUAUUUUGUUAAUAUUGUUGAGCGGAUUAUAUUAGCAGGCGUAUUAAUAAAAAUUUCCAUCGG